AUGUUCUCUCCUUUCGCGCCCCCUUCACCAUUCGAGCCACCAUCACUCCUCUAUCUCUUCUUGCUCUCUCCACCAAAGUUCCUCCUCCGGACACUACACCGCUUAAUCUCCAUCUUCCGCUCGUCGCCCUCGCUACCACAAAACCUGCUUCCCAUAAGAGUAGUCUGUCUCUCAGACACUCAUUGCCAGAUCCCCGCCACGGUUCCAGACGGCGAUGUUUUGAUUCACGCAGGCGACCUCACACAAGCCGGCACCCCCAAAGAACUCCAAGCCCAACUAGAUUGGCUAAACUCUCUACCUCACACGCACAAAGUCGUCAUUGUAGGAAACCACGACACCUACCUAGAUCCCAGAUCACGGAAAACUCUACCUGCCGAAGAUGUAGAUGGCGCAAGUCUAGAUUGGGGAGGUAUACACUAUCUCCAACACUCAACCGCAACCCUAACAUUCCCAUCCCAUCGAAACCGGAAAUUGAAUAUUUAUGGAGCGCCGCAGAUUCCUGCUUGUGGNGGUGAGGAGUUUGCGUUUCAGUAUCCUAGAGGCCGGGAUGCGUGGUUUGAUACCGUGCCGUCUGGUGUUGAUGUCUUGGUCACGCACACGCCGCCGAAACACCAUAUGGAUCUCUAUGGCUUGGGGUGUGAGCACUUGCUGUCUGAGCUCUGGCGUGUCAAGCCACGGUUGAAUGUGUUUGGGCAUGUGCAUGCUGGAAGAGGCAAGGAAGUCGUGUAUUGGGAUGAUGCUCAGAAGGCUUUUGAGGAUGGCUGCAGUAGGCCGGACGGCUUGAUCAGGGGUAUGGUGGAUCCGUGGUUGUGGAUGGAUGUGGUCAAGGUGGUUUGGCAUGGCGUGGGUAAUGUUGUUUGGGACCGCAUUUGGGGUGGUGAGGGUAGGGUGACGAGGAUGGUUAAUGCCAGUGCCAUGUACAUCAACACUGGCCAGCUGAAGAAUAUGCCGCAGGUAGUUGAGAUAUGA